AACCUUCUAAUUGUGAAGGCAGUCCAAGUGCACUGUUUUUUCUACUGCUAGAGGAAGUUACAUCUCGAGCAGUAGCUCAGAUCUCUGGUAAGUGUAACAUGUGAGCAUUACUAGGCAUUUCAUUCUGCGGUGCUGCAGUCUUUGCUGUUGAGACUGUUGCUCAGUUGGAAUGCUUCUGUGGGGCCAAUCCUGAAGUUCUAUAGAUAUUGUUUAAGGACCUACUCGUUUGGAGGUGUCAGUGGCGUUUUGCAAGAUCAUCCAAGUACCGGGGAAGCAUCUGAAAUCUAUCUACUGAAAAGGGUAACUGUAACGGUUUUCACAGUGGAAGGAAACUGUACUGGCACCGAGGCAGAUGAUUGAAUAAAGUAGUUGGCUCAAAGAAGAUGCACAGUCUGCUGUUUUUUCCUCUGAAUGAAGACUAUUUAGUGGAAGCUGUAUUCAUGUGGAGAUCAAAGGAAACACUGGAAUGAUAAACUACUGGGGGUUUUUUCUCUCUCUCUUUUUUAAAUGAAAAGCCUGAAGCAGUAAUUUGAGCUCAAAUGUCUUCUGAUUCCUUCUCGGCCUGCCUGUUCUAUUAGGAUUCCCGCUAGCACCAUUUCUGCCUGGUGCCUGUGCCCUUUUGCUGGAGCAGCCACAGACAACUGCCUGAUGAAGAAAGAAUGAACGCUCUGCCUUGCUUACGCUAUCGAUGGGAAUAAAGCUAUCUGUGUUUCCUCUAUUAUAUGGAAUAUCUGGAUUAAUCAAGCUGUAUUCUAGUACCAAGAGUCCUAUUGUCUCUUGUGAUCUGACUCAUCGCAUGUAAAUGUACUGCAGCUUUGCUAUUAAUGCAGAGUGUUGUGUUUUUUUCUUUCCCAAACAGAAAAAAAUUGUCAACCUCUGAGCUGCAUUUAAAAAAUUUGUGCUGAGCCCUAGAUAUUUUUUCUUUUCUUUUUCUGGAUAGUGUCUGCAUUAAGCCAGUGAAGCUGAAGAAAUGAAGACAAAUUAGAAGUGGAAACAGAAUAAUGAGAGUUUAAUUUUAAUUUUCAAUUAUAAGCAAGCCAGCUACUGGUAACUAUAUGACCUUGCAGGCAAGAGUGGGUAUAGCUGUAAUUAUCUCUGUCACAGCAGUUGUUUCUCAUUUCAUUCUGCAUUGCGUGGUGGUGUCACCCAAAACAAUGAUCUUUUUAUGCAAGUAAAUAUCUAUGAGACAGAGCAAUAUGACUAUUUUGGUAGAGGAAAAAUAUUUUUAAAUGAGCUUGUACUCAUUUUUAGUUAAUUGACAUGUUGAUGUGAAAUUUCUUUUAAGUAUUGCAAUCACCCAACAGAAAAUAACUGAAUCUUGUUGGUUUUAGGAAGUUAUAAGUUAUGUAGUCAUAAUUUUAAACUUCAGUUUUUCCGGUAGUACUUAUUAACUUUUAAAAAACCAGCUGCGCUGUUCAGAGAAUGAUUCUAAGUGUCAUACAGAAGAGGAGGAAAAACUACUUGUGCUCUUCCAACUGUGACUUUUAUCACAUAGCUGGAAAUCUAGUGUUUUAAAAGAGCGAAUGAGUCGAGUGUGUAUUGUUGUUUUGGAGGAGGUAGAAGAUGAAUCUCCUGCAUUCAUUUCUAAAUUGCCACAGGAAAAUAAAUCCCUACAUGUUCCAUCUUCUGGAAAUGUAUUGCCAUCACUGGUGCAAGCUAUAUUUAAUGGAGAUCCUGAUGAAGUUCGAGCACUAAUAUUUAAGAAAGAAGAUGUUAACUUUCAGGACAGUGAAAAAAGAACUCCACUGCAUGCUGCUGCCUAUCUUGGAGAUGCAGAGAUCAUUGAACUGCUUAUUUUAUCUGGAGCUAGAGUUAAUGCCAAAGACAGCAAAUGGUUGACACCUUUACACAGAGCAGUUGCAUCUUGUAGUGAGGAAGCAGUUCAGGUACUUUUGAAGCACUCUGCAGAUGUUAAUGCUCGAGACAAAAAUUGGCAAACCCCUUUACACAUAGCUGCUGCUAAUAAAGCCGUAAAGUGUGCUGAAGCUUUGGUACCUCUUCUGAGUAAUGUGAACGUGUCUGAUCGAGCAGGGAGAACUGCGUUACAUCAUGCAGCUUUCAGUGGACAUGGUGAGAUGGUCAAACUACUCCUGUCUAGAGGUGCCAAUAUUAAUGCUUUUGACAAAAAAGAUAGACGAGCUAUCCAUUGGGCAGCUUAUAUGGGUCACAUUGAAGUAGUAAAAUUACUUGUGGCACAUGGAGCUGAAGUGACGUGCAAGGAUAAGAAGUCUUACACACCUCUUCAUGCUGCAGCCUCUAGUGGAAUGAUCAGCGUAGUCAAGUACCUUUUAGACCUUGGAGUUGAUAUGAAUGAACCAAAUGCCUAUGGAAAUACACCUCUUCAUGUAGCCUGCUAUAAUGGACAAGAUGUUGUAGUGAAUGAACUUAUAGAUAGUGGUGCUAAUGUAAAUCAGAAGAAUGAGAAAGGAUUUACUCCUUUGCACUUUGCUGCUGCCUCAACACAUGGAGCUCUGUGCUUAGAGCUCCUGGUGGGCAAUGGGGCUGACGUCAAUAUGAAGAGCAAAGAUGGGAAAACCCCACUGCACAUGACUGCCCUCCACGGUAGAUUCUCCAGAUCACAAACCAUUAUCCAGAGUGGAGCUGUAAUUGACUGUGAGGAUAAAAAUGGAAACACCCCUUUGCACAUAGCAGCAAGAUAUGGCCAUGAGCUGCUAAUCAACACUCUUAUUACAAGUGGUGCUGACACUGCAAAGCGUGGCAUACAUGGAAUGUUCCCCCUCCAUUUGGCAGCCUUGAGUGGUUUUUCAGAUUGCUGCAGGAAACUCCUUUCUUCUGGAUUUGACAUAGAUACCCCAGACGAUAAUGGUAGGACCUGUCUCCAUGCGGCUGCAGCUGGAGGAAAUUUGGAGUGCCUAAACCUUCUGCUGAAUACUGGUGCAGACUUCAACAAAAAGGACAAAUUUGGGAGAUCUCCACUGCACUAUGCUGCUGCCAACUGCAAUUACCAGUGCCUGUUUGCUCUUGUGGGAUCAGGAGCCAGUGUGAACGACCUUGAUGAAAGAGGAUGCACACCCCUGCACUAUGCAGCUACAUCAGACACAGAUGGCAAGUGCCUAGAAUACUUGCUAAGAAAUGAUGCAAAUCCAGGGAUCCGGGAUAAGCAAGGAUACAAUGCAGUUCAUUAUUCAGCUGCUUAUGGUCACCGUCUAUGUCUUCAGCUGAUUGCAAGUGAAACUCCUUUAGAUGUUUUAAUGGAAACCUCCGGAACAGACAUGCUGAGUGAUUCAGACAAUAGAGCAACAAUAAGCCCUUUACACUUGGCUGCCUAUCAUGGUCACCAUCAAGCACUGGAAGUGUUGGUACAGUCUUUGUUAGAUCUUGAUGUGCGGAAUAGUAGUGGAAGAACACCCUUAGAUCUUGCAGCAUUUAAGGGCCAUGUUGAAUGUGUGGAUGUACUCAUUAAUCAGGGAGCCUCAAUCCUAGUAAAAGAUUACAUUUUGAAGAGGACACCUAUACAUGCAGCAGCAACAAAUGGUCAUUCAGAAUGCUUACGACUACUAAUAGGAAAUGCAGAACCACAGAAUGCUGUAGACAUUCAAGAUGGAAAUGGACAGACUCCUCUGAUGCUGUCUGUCCUCAAUGGGCACACAGACUGUGUUUACUCACUGCUAAACAAAGGAGCAAACGUAGAUGCCAAAGAUAAGUGGGGAAGGACAGCAUUGCAUAGAGGGGCAGUUACAGGCCAUGAAGAAUGUGUAGAUGCAUUGCUUCAACAUGGUGCUAAGUGCUUAUUUCGGGAUAGUAGAGGGCGGACACCUAUCCACUUGUCAGCUGCCUGUGGACACAUUGGUGUUCUGGGAGCCCUUUUGCACUCAGCAGCAUCUGUGGAUGCAAAUCCAGCCAUAGCCGACAAUCAUGGAUAUACAGCACUUCACUGGGCUUGCUAUAACGGUCAUGAGACAUGUGUAGAACUUCUUUUAGAACAGGACGUUUUCCAGAAGAUAGAAGGAAAUGCUUUCAGUCCAUUGCAUUGUGCUGUGAUAAAUGACAACGAAGGUGCUGCUGAAAUGCUCAUUGAUACAUUGGGUGCCAGCAUCGUGAAUGCCACAGAUUCAAAAGGAAGAACUCCUCUCCAUGCAGCCGCCUUUACAGACCAUGUGGAAUGUUUACAGCUGUUGCUCAGCCAUAAUGCUCAAGUCAAUUCUGUGGACUCUUCUGGGAAAACACCUCUCAUGAUGGCUGCAGAAAACGGACAAACAAACACAGUUGAGAUGCUGGUUAGCAGUGCUAGUGCAGAUCUGACUUUACAAGACAACAGUAAAAACACCGCCCUCCAUUUGGCUUGCAGCAAGGGUCAUGAAACUAGUGCCUUGUUAAUACUGGAAAAGAUAACAGAUAGAAACCUCAUCAAUGCAACCAAUGCAGCCUUGCAAACACCUCUGCAUGUUGCUGCCCGAAAUGGGCUAACAAUGGUGGUUCAGGAACUUUUGGGCAAAGGAGCAAGUGUGCUUGCAGUAGAUGAAAAUGGCUAUACCCCAGCUUUGGCCUGUGCUCCCAAUAAGGAUGUGGCUGAUUGCCUAGCUCUCAUUUUGGCCACCAUGAUGCCUGUCUCUUCAAGUAGCCCUUUAUCAUCCCUGUCAUUCAAUGCCAUUAAUCGUUACACCAACACCUCAAAAGCAGUCAGCUUUGAAGCCUUGCCCAUCAUGAGGAAUGAACCUAGCUCCUAUUGCAGUUUCAACAACAUUAGUGGGGAGCCGGAGUACUUAUACGCCGACGUGGACGAGCUCAAUGACUCCGAUUCAGAGACCUACUGAGAGGCUGAGCCAGUGUCUAAGGCGAGAGUUCUGACACUAACACUUCAAACUGUGCUUUUCAGGAAAAGGGCACUUUCUUAUUCACAUACAAACUCAACCUAAGAGGAAAGAUCGCAGAGUGAGUGAAUAUAAGAAAUGUGACGACAUUAGGAAGAAGACUUUUAAAGGCAAGUUUUGCAAAAGGAGCCUAGAGUCUUGAAAUAGACUUGACCAGAGGAAAAUACUUUGGUGUCAGAUUGCUUUGUGGAAUUGUUUAAUUUGGUUUUGCAGUGCCAGGAAUAAUUUGGGACACUGUGCACCCUAAUCUGCUUACACAAGCAACACUAUAAUAAAAGAAGAGAUAAGGACACUAGAUUUAAAUGUUAUCAAUAGAACUACAAUUAAAUUUAAAGGCAAUAAAAGUUUGGUACAGUAGGCAUUAUGUGCACAGCAAUUGCCAAAGGACCAAAUAACUUAAAGGCUUUCUAAUAGAAUGCCAUUUGGUGGAAACUGGAAUAGGUGAAAUGAAACAUUAUCUAAACCAAACUUUGAUAUUCUGAAAAUGAAGCUGAGAUUUGGUUUUAAAUGUUGAUUUUAUUUUAUUUUUUUUUUUUAGAGAAAACAUCUGAAAGCCUUUGAACCCUGUAUAAACCAUGAGAGAAAGCAGAUGUAUUUUUACAUUUUUUCUUUUACAUAAAAUUUUUAAAAUUCCAAGUUUUAUAAUAUUAGAAUUGAAAACCAGCUGACUGGGUGCAGUCAGGGUGAAAAUACUUGUGAUGCAGACAUGAGAUAGAUUGGGGUCAAGUUACUGUUGCCCAGUUUUGAAUGGUUUAGGUUUUAAAUUGAACUAUUUUUGUUUGAAAAUGUAAAGAAUUUCCUAGAAGAAAAUUUCAGAAAAUCCAAAAUUAGGUUAUUUUCACCCUAUUGCAGCUAAGUGGUCCUGGGGGAGUUUUUGAUCUCACUACUUUGGAUGGUACACCUUCAUCACUUGCUACUUUUGUGCCUCCAUGUGGUUCGGGGAGUGUUUGUUGUCAUUGUUUAGUGGAGAAUCAAAUCACUUGUUAUUGAUACAUUAACAUCAUUAGGUCUCUUAGAAGUCAUUUGCAUAUUGGGCAAGAUUUAAAAUACUAAAGUCCUUAGGUCCUAUUCAGAUUUGUGGGAAAGAAGCAAUUGCCUGCCAAAUUGGAAAACUGCCUUUCAAAUAACAGAGAGAGGGGGGGGAGGAAGAGAGGGCUGACAUUUAGGCUUUUAAACAACAAUUUACACGGUUCUGCGUUUACUGUAACUGUUGCUUUCCCAGUGAGAAUGAUUUCACACACGUAGGGGGUCUUACAGGUCUGGGUAAAGUUCCAUACAUUUUCACAAGAUGAUACCCAAUUUCAUUUAUCUUUUUUGUAUUGUAAAACUGGAAACUUUAUGACACUGUAAAUUAUCAGCUGGUUUUUCUGAAUAUAAAGUGUGAAAACACAGAACAGUAUUUUGAUCUAUUUGAUAAUUUUGUGGGGUUUUUGAAGAAUUAAUGAGCAUGUACAUAGAAAUAGUGACUGCUUGAAUACUGUACUUACUUGCACUCUUUCAGUACAUCGAGAUUCCUGUAUAUUUUAGAGUAUAAUAAAACACAGAUGUGAGUUGUAUUUAAUGAAUAAUGUAUUUGUAUCUGUGCAUAUGACCUAAAAAUCUAUAAAAUUUCUAGGGCAUUGACUACUAGAUUUUAAGCAUUUUUUCUAAAAUAUUUACAGAAAUUAUAAAUGUAAUCUUCCAUCUUUUCUUUAUAAUAUAAAAAAGUCAUAAAGGACCCUUCCUAAUUAUUAGUGGUAGGAAGGUGAAUAUGCAUUUUAAAGACAGCAGACUACAUUUUCUAUUGUACCUUUUGAAAAAAGAAAAAAAAACUCAAGAGGAUUCUAAAAGUAUACAUAUGUGUGCUUUCUCUUUCCUUUUAGGAAUUCUCUUCUGAAUUCCCUGAGGGAAUUUUCUAGAAUCUCAGAAUUGAAAGAGACCUGAGGUUCAUCCAGUCUAACCUCUUAACAAAUGCAGGAGUCCCUUCUCCAAGGGUGAUCUUUCCACCUUGAACACUUCCAGUGACUCUACCUCACCUCGCAGUCCAUUCAGUUGUUGAGCAGCUCUAACUGUUAGCAAGGUCUUCCUUAGAUGGAGCUGAAGCCUCCCUCCCGGUCACUUCUGUAACCUGGGCCGGGUCUGUCCUCCAAGAGAACACAGAACGUUGAAAUGCUGAUCCUCGUGCCCUCUGCCAUGUCUUCUCUCUUUCAGGCUGUUUGACUCACCUGCGCUGAUUUCCAGAAGGACUCGUUAGACACGCUGUUAGAUUUUCCAUAUCUGGUGAAAUCCAAGGUGUAACUAUAAAGUAACAAUCUGUUUUUAAUUUAUCCUCACACCUAUCAGAACUUAGAUCUUGCAUUACUUUGUGUAAAUGAUGCUAUUACUGAAAAUAUUGGUGAGGUGGUUCUUUGCAUUGUUUGUCCACUAGGAAAACUAUUUCAUUGCUUUGUGAUCCCAUUUUGUGAUAGUCUGUACCCCAGCUUGAUCAACUGCUUCCUUUGGUCUGCACCUGAUGAGGGGAAGCCCAAAGUGCUGUCCCAAGUAAUAUCCAAACAGCGUAAGUUAUGUUGGAGUUAGUGCUUGGACAGUUUGAAUGAAUGAACACAGCACCACAGUAAGUUCCUUUAUAGUUAUACCUUGUAUGUCGACAGCAUUCAGGCCCUGCUCUGUAGUUGUUUAUCCUUGCACAGAGCAGAAAAGCCCGUUUGCUUUUAAGUUCUGCAUGAAAGACAACAUCCGAAAUACCUGAUGUGUAUUUUCAUAGUACCAGCUUCUGCUCUGCAACUACUUUGGGGGAAAUGGUGGUAACAGCAGAUGGCCUCCUUUCACGAGACACUCGACUCAAACAGUGCCAUUUAGUUCAGGAGAUCUUACGUGUAGCUGUCAAUUAGGGGUUUAAUUUGGCUUAUAUUGGAACCUUUUAAAUGAAAUAAAGUUUUCUAAUGCAAUAAA